AUGGCGCGAUGGCGCGUCGUCGCGCUCGCGGUGUGCGCGGCGGUGGUCGUCGCGCUCGCGAACGUCUCGAGCGUCGACGCGAGCGCGAGCGGGGACGUAGCGCGCGUGCGAGGGAUCGCGCGCGGAGAUUUUUUUUCGGUCGACGCGCGCGCGAACGACGACGACGACGUCGCGAACGCGACGGUGCGCGCGGGAGGUGGAUCGGUGGAGAGCGAUGUCGAUGACGCGUCGAUGGGGACGGACGACGACGCGGACGAUGACGCGGAUGACGAGGGGGAGGAGGAUGGCGACGACGAGGGCGAACCAGAUGCGGAGGACGACGGCGCAGACGACGGAGACGACGAGCCGGCGUUCAGGGACGACGAGGAGGUUGACGUAGCGAUCGGGACGUACGAGACGUGCGAUGUGUGCGAGCGCUGCGCCCUGGGGAAGGUGCCGGAGGGAGUGACGGUGAGCGCGCCGCGAGGCGGAGCGAAGACCGGGGCUCUCUUUGAAGUGACGUCGAAGCGGUGCGGGAUGUGUUACGAGUGUAACCUCGUUCUCGAACGCUUGGCGUCAAAAGAAAAAUUCAGGGGACACGAGGUAAAGACGCAAAUAGGAGCGAGUGGGGCAGCGGUAUUCUUGGGACGGAUGCGCGCGGACGACGCUGGCGAAGAGGUGAAGACCGUAAUUGUCAAGUCGUGGUGCGGAUUGCGAGGAGAGUACGUGCACAAUCUCGAGGAUAAGUUCGCUCGGCCCCAGUCUUCGCAGUGUUAUGGCGAUCAAAAGUUGAAAUCGCGCCCGGAUUUUGAUAGCAAAAAGGAGUGUCGACCGAGGGCGACGGACGGAUCGGUAGUUUGCACACAUGCGUUUUUGGGUGCUCUUGAGAAGAUCGCCGUCGAGGCAGGGCUGACCGAUGUAGUUCCGCGCGUACAAUCAUUCAGAGCGCGGACUUUCUUGCCCUGGGAUGGCACGCGAUCAGCGGGCGUGAAACAAGACGUCGACGUGAUUGUUUUUGAAAAGGCGCUCGGCGUGGCGCUCGAAUCCAUCGGUACACACAAGCUCACGAAGGAGAAUCUCGAGCUCUUGCGCAAUAUCAACCCACAAAAGGUGAAACAACUUGCUCUAUACGACGUUCUCACUGCGCAAUCGGACCGACACGGGCAAAAUGUUUUUAUCUCCGAAGGUGGUAGUAUUCACGGUAUCGACAACGAGGCAUCGAUGGUCGACGAGUUGAAUUCAAUGUUUAUCCCCGGAGGUCAAAAGUUUGAGGUGUACAGGAUCGGGUACCACAUUGUCUGUUGCAAAAAUGGUGGUAAGUGUGGUGAGGGGACACCUUCAGACCCCUCAAUGGGCACGAUGCUGGAUUAUCGCUGCUAUGUCGAUAAUGGGUACAUCGGCACAAAUUAUCCACCCGAGUUUAAGGGGUUUCUCGAGCGUGUAGACGCGAUGAAAGACGUGCGAGAGGUGUACGAAUACUUCAAAUUCGGUAACAAAGAGCACGCGGAGAAGCUGAAAGCGCGCGUGAAAGAUCUUUUGACGCUCGGAUUCGAGGGCACCGUGAAAAAAAUGUACGCUGGCAUGAAACCCGGCGACGGAGGUUAUGGCAACUUUCAGUACCCAAUUCAACCUCCGUGCUGCGGUCCAGGUCAUUGCAAAGUCAAUACGGAGCUCCCCGAUGAUUCAAAGGAGUGCAUUCAUGACUGCAACGCGACUGGAUUUGAUCCGCGAGCCAAGUAUUUCAUCGGCGAAAACAACGAAUCCGCGUGGCGAGCCUUUUCAAAGGCUGACUUCGGAGCCGCGGAGCCGCACGUUGAGGAGGGCGGCGCCACCGAAGAGAAAAAUACCACAACCACCGCCACCGACGACAUCGACGAGGUGGAGAAAUCACCAGAACGCCCCGCAUCUGGCUCCAUCGACAUCGCGCCCCAGCUCGAGGCCCUCCGCGCCAAGCUCCGCGUCAAGCUCUCCGAGCUCUACGACCUUCGGCGCGCGGAGGCGAACAUCGAGAACGCCACUGUCCCAACCCCAUCUCGCCGUAUUCUGCGAGUACAAUCUUAA